GGUAGCCAUCAUACUCGUCAUUAGAUCAACUAAUCUGUCAAUUUUACUUUCCAGGUUGCUGUUAUUGGCAGGGGCAAUUGCGCUCCUUUGUUGUUCAACCAUUAUGUUGAUCAGCUGAUCAAGUUUUCGGCUGAGGUCAUCUCGCGGGUAUGCAGUUCGCGGUGAGCUGCGGCUGCGGCUCCUGUGUUGCUGGCGCGCUUCUGCAGGAUGUGCUAUCACUUGCCGAGUUUCUCGCUCCUGAUAAUGCUGGUGGCGCUGAGGCGGCUGAUUGUUGUGCUGCAAUCUCGAAUCAUGUUGAGGCUGCUGUCGAGUUGUUUGGCGCUGUGCGGUCUGCUUCUGCUUUCGGGAGCGCUCAUCUGGCAGGCCAGUUUUAAGGGCGGCUGCAUAGCUGCUUGCAGCUUGAGGCAUUGGCUGCUGGUGUUGCACUUGCUGACGGAAUGGGUUGUGCUGCGGCUGCUUCUGCUGCUCAGAGGGCCGCUGUGGUUGCUGCUGUUGUGCCUGCUGGCCCUGAACAACUGGAGGCCGAAGCGGUUGCUGCUUUGGUCGUCCCUGUUGCCUACCAGAGCUAAUUGGAAUGCAUUGUUUUUGAAGAAGAUGCAGCCCCUGUAACUAGCAGCAUGUGGGCCCUUACAAUUAGCACAUUUCGCUUCUGCACUAGGCGCCUUUUCACAGAGUGUUGAUGGGUGCUCUUGUCCGCACUUUACGCAUCUAAAUAUGCGGCGACAGUAAUUUUUUGUGUGUCCAAUCUGUUGGCAACGGUGGCACUGCACAACAUCCGUAUUUCUUAUUGGCUUUUCGACUUUGACUCGCUGGCCUCCCAGGACUGUUAAGUCGAAAAUUUCGUUAUUGUUCUUUUUAGGCUCAAGCUCAACUUGAAAGAGAUCAAGAGGCUCGCCAGAGAAACGCUUCUUGAUAACAUUUACAAAUCGAACGUUGUGUCCCUUGUCACUAAGCUUCUGCUUGAUCCAGUCAUUAGGAGUAGCUCGGUGAAGGUGUCUAAUUACUACUCUGAAGCCACGGUCACUGCUCAGUUGGUAAGUAUGGGACUCAACACUACAUUCU